UGGCAUACAGGACUUGUGUCACUUCAGCUUCAAGCGGGCAUCUUUCAGAAAAAGUUUAGGCAAAAAGCAAUGGCUAAUACAUUUGCACGUCUCCUGGUUGGUCGAAGAACUGCUGUUUUAGUUGCAACAGUCAGUACUGGAGCUGUGGCUACUGGAUACUUUUUAAAUCAGCAAAAUGUGAAAGCUGAAUCUUUUGGACAUAAGAAAUUAUUUCCUCCCAGUGCAGACUACCCUGAUCUUCGCAAACAUAACAACUGCAUGGCUGAAUGCCUCACUCCAACGAUCUAUGCCAAAUUGAGGGACAAGAUGACUCCUGGUGGCUACACACUGGAUCAGUGCAUCCAAACUGGUGUUGAUAAUCCUGGACACCCUUUCAUUAAAACAGUGGGCAUGGUCGCAGGAGAUGAAGAAUCCUAUGAGGUAUUUGCUGAGAUUUUUGAUCCUGUUAUCAAAGUAAGACACAAUGGCUAUGACCCCAAACUAAUGAAGCAUCACACUGACUUGGAUUCUUCAAAGAUUGCCCAAGGACAAUUCGAUGAGCGCUAUGUUUUAUCCUCCCGUGUGCGCACGGGACGAAGUGUUCGUGGCCUGAGCCUCCCUCCCGCCUGCUCCAGGGCAGAGAGAAGAGCUGUUGAGAACGUUGUUGUCACUGCCUUGUCUGGGCUGAAACAAGACCUGGCUGGAAAAUAUUACAGCCUGACAACUAUGUCUGACAAGGAUCAACAACAGCUAAUUGAUGACCAUUUCCUAUUUGAUAAGCCAGUUUCCCCUUUGUUAACGUGUGCUGGAAUGGCCCGUGACUGGCCAGAUGCCAGAGGAAUAUGGCACAACAAUGAUAAAACAUUCCUCAUCUGGAUCAAUGAAGAGGAUCACAUUAGGGUGAUCUCCAUGGAAAAAGGUGGCAACAUGAAGCGGGUUUUUGAAAGAUUUUGUCGUGGAUUGAUAGAGGUUGAGAGGUUAAUUAGAGAACAAGGAUGGGAAUUUAUGUGGAAUGAACACUUAGGAUUCGUCUUGACCUGUCCAUCUAAUCUAGGAACUGGGUUACGUGCAGGAGUUCAUGUUAAACUUCCAAAACUUAGCAAAGAUCCCAGAUUUUCAAAGAUCCUGGAAAAUCUGAGACUUCAGAAGCGUGGCACAGGUGGAGUUGACACAGCGGCUGUAGCAGAUGUGUAUGAUAUUUCCAACCUAGAUCGCAUGGGCCGAUCAGAGGUGGAACUUGUCCAGUUAGUCAUUGAUGGUGUGAACUAUAUGGUUGAGUGUGAAAAGAAACUAGAGAGAGGUCAAGACAUCAAGAUACCACCACCACUGCCUCAGUUUGGCAAGAAAUAAGACUGUUUCUAGUGAUUAUCAUCUGAAUGGAAAUAUGUCUUGCAGGCUGCCUAUAUAUUCUGUGUUCUUUUAUAAUAUUAAAGAAAAAUAUGGAUAACAUUUUCCUCAAAUAGGUACCUAUUAAUCAGGGUGUGGUACAGAGUUGUUGAGAAGACGACAAGAACGUAAGAUAUGGAAUUGUGCAGAAUAAAAAAGGUUGUAAACAACAUUGCUGAAGAGGAGGGUUGCAUUUGAAGAUUAGUAGUCCUGGAGCAUUUCCCUGGGACAAUUUAAUUUGUUUUAAAGCAUACAUAAAGCAAUCUCAUUUCCUUUCUUUUCCUUUUCUU